CUCACGAAGCCGUCGCCAAGUUCCACUUUGAAGAUGCAGUGGCCGGUACGUCGGUGAACCGAUGAAUGUUCUGUUUUCAGGAAGAUGUCACACAACAGCGGAUGCUGGAGCCGAAUCACCGCAUCCUUCGAAAGGAUGUGCAGUUGGCAGCGCCGGUGCGACGCCGUCAGUGUAUCGAUUCCCCCGUAAGGUCAACGUCGUGCCGUUGGGGGUCGGGAAGGAAGCUCCGCUCAGCUGGCGCUUGUCAACCCAACAACAAACAGAUCCACGUCGUCGUGCUAAGCCGCUGUCCUCCGUGCAUGGAGAGGGUCCGACGACCGUCCUCGACCAGCUGUUAAUCAGAGGCGGCGUUUGUUGACAGGUCAUGGCGCCACCGCUCCAGACGGCCGCUCCCUUCACGGGCUUCCUCCGGCAUGCCAGGGGUGCGUGGCCACGCAGCCGCAGCACACUCGCCGCCCCGCUGCACCGGGAGGAUGCCGCCACCACCAUCGGCGACCGCGAUGCCGAUUGGGACUCGGCGCGCCCCUUCAGCGAGAUGCCUGGUCCGCGGCCGGCGCCACUCGUCGGCAACAUGUGGAGGUUCAUCUUUGGCAACCUCAGUAAAGUGACGCCUACCGAGCUGCCGCGUUGGUUCUUCAAUGAGUACGGUUCCAUCAUGAAGCUCACGAAGCUGCCCGGCAGGAGGGACUUGGUGUUUUGCUUCGAUGCCGACGCCUCCGAGAAGCUUCUGCGCAAUGAGGGUCUCUGGCCCACCCGGCUGGGCCUCGAGAGCCUAGGGUACUACCGCUCCCUUACUCCCGAGAAGUUCGAAGGUGCUUUGGGACUCGUCAGCACGCAAGGCAAAGAUUGGGCGUCGUUCCGCUCGGCUGUCAAUCAGACCAUGAUGCAGCCCCGCAAUGCCAAACUGUACGUUGGUGCCAUCGACACGGUGAGCCAGCAGCUUAUCGACAGGAUGCGGCUUAUACGGGAUCAAAAUAACGUUAUGCCUGACGACUUUUACAACGAACUCAGCAAGUGGGCUCUCGAAUCCAUCACUUACAUCGCCUUGGACAAGCGGCUGGGCUGCCUGGACAACAACCUCCGGCCCGACUCCGAAGCGCAGCGCAUCAUCACCGCCGUGCACGCCAUCUUCGACUGCCUGUUCCACCUGGACGUGCAGCCGUCCCUGUGGAAGUACGUGCCCACGCCCGCCUACCGAAGGAUGAAGAAGACUAUGGACUGGUUCUACGGGAUCGUGUUCGGCUACAUAGAGGAGGCAAUGCAGCGCCUGCAGUCCAUGUCGGCCGAGGAGCGCGAGACGCACGAGUACAGCGUGUUGGAGAGGCUGCUUUUGCGGAACGAAAAUCCGAGGAUCGCCGUCACUAUGGCGCUCGACAUGGUCACCGCCGGCGUAGACACCACGUCCAACACGUCGGCGGCGGUCAUGUACCAGCUGGCGAAGAACCCGGACAAGCAGCGGCGCCUACAGGAUGAGUUGGACCGCGUCUUCCCCGACCCCAACAGCCCCGUGACGGCCGACAGGCUGGAAGAGCUGCGGUACCUGCGGGCCUGCAUCCGCGAGGCCAUGAGGGUGUCGCCCAUCAUCAUUGGCAACCAGCGCAUGGCCGUCAAGGACCUGGUUCUGUGCGGCUACCAGGUGCCCAAGGGGACGGACGUCCUGUGCGUGCACUCGGAGAUGGUCAAGGAGGAGCGGUAUUUCCCCCGAGCCCUAGAGUUCCUCCCGGAACGCUGGCUGCCCGAGGGCGAGCACCUCAAGGCAGCGCACCCCUUCGCGCACAUGCCCUUCGGCUUCGGGCCGCGCACCUGCGUCGGUCGUCGCUUCGCCCAACUAGAGAUGGAGACCUUCUUAUCCAAGGCAUUCCGAAACUUCAACAUUGCCUGGACUGGUGCUCCUCUCAAGAGAGAACUUCGCCUCUUGUACAGCGUCGCUUCCCCCCUCAAGUUUGAAUGUGUGGACCGAGUUUGACUUUCAAACUGAAAUCAAUUGUGCAUCAUGCUCACGUUAUCAACACUCCGAAGAAUGCCCAUUCUCAAGAAUUAUCGGCAGUUUGCUCAAGACAGAAUUUAGGAGCUUCACAAACUCAAGGGAGUGGUUUCAGGCUGGGUCUGAACAAAUGUGUCGCGUUUUGCCUACUUAUAACACAUAAGAACGCGGGAAGUAGAGCAUUGUGCAUUUUGCUAAUCCGUGGGGAAGGGGGUCUGUGAUCUCCAAGUCUUUGUCUUAUAUCGGCAUACUGGUGAGUCUGGUGAUUACACGUAAACAUUGUGAUAUUUCCCUUCAUUUUGUAAUUUCUUUGUCAAAGUGAUACAAUACGGGUGUGCCGCGAAUCGGUAUCCCAGCAGAAUAAAGCAUUCCAGUAAAGCUGAAAUGCAGAAGAAUGCGGGGAAGAAAAAAACGGAAAUCGCUAUGUUAUAACAUGGUGACUUCCUUUAUCUUGUUCCCCGCAUUCUUUUGCAUUACAGCUUUACCGGAAUGCUUUAUUGUGUUGGCCAAAUUAUUGACGUCUUGCCCUGCAAGAUGUACGUGCAGUUUACUACACGGCGGUUUGCCCACAGCUACCUAAUAUUAAUUUCGAUAUUACUCGUGUGCCUGCUUAGUACACUAAGUGUAAUCUACUAUUAGAGAGUGGGCGUCUGUUUCACUCAGCCGUGAUAUUAUUAUUGUAUGUGAUUUGAUGUGAUUAUAUGUGACAAAAAUAAAGUGCUACCGUAUUUUUAUUAA